GCCUUACUGUUUCUCUGAUUUUGAUGCAUUGCAGAAGAAGCAAAAAAAAAAUAAAGAACUGACUAAAAAAAUAUAAUAAACAAAAAAAAUGGCAGAAAAAAUUUAUAUAGAGAGAUAGAGAGCGUUUAUGUUUUGGCUAACCCAAAGUAAAAUCUCUAUCUCUUCUGCAUUUUGGGUUUUUCUUUUUUCCCUCUCACCCUUCAAGUUUUAACAGAAGAAACCAGGUGGGUCUUUUUUAUUUUUGCUUUUUUUGUUAAAAUUUUUUAGCUCUUUUAUUUUUAUUUUUAUUUUUAUCCAUAUACAUUUUUGAGCAUCUGGGAUAUCAAAAUGGAUUUUUGCUUGAAAACCAGUUUUAAGUUUGACUUCAAAUGUUGUAUAUGCUUGUUCUUAUUGAUGCAAGGGUCUUUUUCUUUUUUUUUUUUUGUUAAAUAUUGGUGCUUUAACCAUUUUUUGAGUACCCAUUUGAUGCCUUUGAAGUAAAUCUUUUUACAUCUUGUUUUGAUCAAGCUUUCGUUUUGAGUUUCUUCUUCCUCUUCAUCGGUUCAUAAUUUUUUUUUUUUAUGUUUUCUCCUUUUGGAUGUUCUCCCUUCUCUAGCUUGAAAGAUCCUCAAAUGUGUCUGAUUUUUAGGAAGCUUUGAGAUUUUGAUUAAUGAUAAUCUGGGGUUUGGUUAAUGUUGAUCAUCACAAUCUAUGCUAGCCCCAUUUUUACUCGCUUCUUGCUGGAGUUAAAUGUAAAUUAAUGAUCAGCUUUGUUGUUUCUUUGCCUUGUACGUUUAUAUAGUUCAUUGUUGUAUAUCAGCUAUUUAAAACGAUUGCCUUUAUUGCUGAUUUGGAUUUACCGUAUCAUGUUAAAUGAAGGUCAGGAGGCUUUGUUUCCUUUCUUAGUUUCUUCGUGGUGCUCAAAAUUAUUUUUUGAUGGAGAGUUUUUUAGAGCUCUAUUGAUAUUUUCAAGUAUUUUUGCUUCUCAUCUUGCUUUGCUGAUGUGAUUCAAGGAUCUGGUACUAGUUUUACUAAGCGAAUCAGGCCAAACUUUUGUUUUUAAAGUGAAAUUGUUAUGAUAUUGUAUCUGCUGUUGCAUCGUAGUUCCCAAUAUGCUCAGUCUUUUGGGGCUUUUUGUGUGAUUGAGUAUAAUAUGAUGAUCUGGAUUCAUUUUCAUUUGCCCCUAUCUGGACAUAACUGCAUACGAGCUAUGUUGCCACUUCUAUCACAGUUGAUUUUUGUCAUUGGGGUUAGCUAAAUCAAUGAUCUUUAUUUUUGGUAAGGUAUUGCCAUUCAUUGUACUUGAUUCUUUUUUGCUUUGGCCAUUAUAUUUUUUGGUUUUGGCAUCAAUCAUAUUCGUUUUGUAUUGAUGGUUUCUUGAUUCUAAUGCAGUAAGAAAUUGCUGGUUUUCUUGCUAGAAGAUUGAGGUUUAUAGAUAAUGCAGUGUAAGAAAACAUACAUCCUAGGCAAGUCUAAUGGAUGGUAAUGUGAUGGCUGAUCCUGAUUCAGAAUCCUAUUUUCAGUCUGAUUCAUUGGGUUUAAGGCAUAUUAGCAGCUCACUUUUCAAUAUUCCUGGUUUCCUUGUUGGAUUUAGCACUAAGGGUUCUUCAGAUUCUGAUACGGUUCGGAGCCCUACAUCUCCUCUUGAUUUGAGAGUUUUUGCAAAUUUUAGCAACCCAUUUAGUGUUAGGUCUCCUAGAUCAUCAUCCCAAAUUGGUUAUCAAAAGAAGUGGGAUUGCAGUAAGAUAGGUUUGGGCAUUGUGAAUCUGCUUGCUGAUGAAAUUAAAUCAGAUGGUGAAGACCUUGAUUCUCCAAAGAGAAAGAAUAUAAUUUUUGGACCACAGGUGAAGACUAAGUUUCCUUACUCUUCAAGGUAUUCCCAUGAAUUCCUUGGUAAUUCUAUGAAAUCCAAUUCUUUGCCUAGGAAUUACAUAAUUUCACAACUUUCCAAACCCAGAAAACCCAACACCAACUCAGGGGAUUCUAGUUUUGUCUUUGGAAAUGAGGAAGUGCCUUUAGAACCCAAAUCAGAUUCCAGCCGGCUUUCCCCUUUGUUUAUUGACUCCACCAAAAACUCCAAUUUGAGUUCCAGAAGUUUUUGUUCAGAGAAUGGAACCACCAGCCUUAAUAGUUCAUCUCUGCCAAUUGGCAGAGCCUUGCAAGUAGAUGAUUCUUUGGUAAGUAAACCAAGUUCACUUCCUAUACCCGUUGGCCAUAGCAUGGGAUCUCUCUCUGCACACGAGAUAGAGCUUUCUGAGGAUUAUACUUGUAUAAUUUCUCAUGGUCCAAACCCCAAAACAACUCACAUUUUUGGUGACUGUAUUUUGGAAUGUCACAACACUGAGUUGACCAAUUUUGACAAAAAAGCAGAGCCAGAAACCAAAGUGCCCCAACUGGAUAAGAGCCCAGAGACUUCAACCCCUUACCCCUCUGAUGAGUUUUUGAGCUUCUGUUACUCUUGCCAGAAAAAACUAGAGAAGGAUGAAGACAUUUACAUAGGUGAAAAGGCAUUUUGCAGUUUUGAUUGCCGCUCUGAGGAGAUUCUCACAGAGGAAAUGGAGAAAACCUGUAAUAAUUCCUUCAAUGGUUCUCCUGAGCAGAGUGAUGAUGAAGAUCUCUUCCUAAUGGCCAUGGAUGAUCGCAGCAUAAAUCAUGAGUCAUGGAUAGCAAAGCAUAGAGUUUGAUUUAUAGUCCGGGGAUAGAUAUAAUGUACUGUUGUUGCGUUAUAAUUUUGAUUAGAUGAGUCAGUAGUGGCCAGAAGCCCCAUCUCAUCAGUUUUCUUUUUUAUAUCAUUUGUUACUGUUGCUCCUUUUAUGAGCGGUUGUAGAAGCCUCUUGAACUUGAAGAACUCGUUGUUGAAUCUUGAAUGUAUGUGGCAUUUACUCAAUUGAAUGCAUUCUCUUUCAGAUAA